CGCACUCAUAAGUUUGAAAGCAAAGCUCCCCUCGGCUCAACUUCACCCGCCCGUUAUUGAGUAACACCCCAGUAACUCUCUAACAUACAUUUACAGUAGACUCCUGUCUUACUAUGAGGACUUAGGAGCCGAUAAAGCGAGUUGUUUUGGACUAUUCGAUUGACCGGAGACUUUUGGCGGAUCAACGGAUCGGUGUUUGAGUGCGUGCGCUCGCUCGUCGCGAGAAGGACUGAAGAAUGUCGCGCGACCCGGAGGAGGUGAAUAAACUGACCGAGAGCACUUACAAGAAUGUUCUGGAACAGUUCAACCCGGGGCUGCGUAACCUCAUAAACCUGGGAAAGAGCUACGAGAAAGCCGUUUCAGCCAUGGCCCUGGCUGGAAAGCAGUACUUUGAUGCUGUAUCUAAGAUUGGAGAGACUGCAGCUGUAUCUCCCGUUUCCAGAGAACUGGGGGUCGUUCUUAUGGAGAUCUCAGAUGUCCAGCGGAAAGUCAAUCUAGAAAUGGAGGAGAAUUUUAAACGUUUCCAUCGAGAGGUUAUUGUGGAGUUAGAGAGGAAAUCAGACAUGGACGUGAAAUACAUGACGGCAACGUUUAAGAGAUACCAGACCGGACACAAGAUGAAGCAGGACUCGCUGGAGAGAUCUCAGUCAGAUCUGAAGAAAUUCAGGAGAAAGAGUCAAGGAAAGAAUGCUACAAAGUACGAGAGCAAAGAGAAUGAGUGUCUAGAAACACUCACAACCCGUCAGAUGGACAUGCAGAAAUUCAUCGCCGAGGGCUGCCAAGAAGCUCUGCUAGAGGAGAAGAGGAGGUUCUGCUUCCUGGUGGACAAGCAUUGCACAUUCUCCUACCAGAUUGCUGCUUUUCAUGACAAGGCUCGAGAGUUGCUGAUGGAGAACGUGACCAAUUGGCAGGACAAAUGCAGUGAUGCUACCAACGUCCCAGAGAGCGUGAUGUCCAUGAUAGAAGGUCUGCGCACUCCAGUGUCCAUCACUCCACAGGCUUCUCCAGCCCCCAAGCGCCACAACAUGACCAGCUCUGAAGCAAUAAUUCCACCUCCAGCACCUCCACAGACGAGUCCCCUUGCCAACAUGUUUAAUCAAAACCAUUCCAGAGAGGAAACAGAGUCAGAAUACAUCAAUGAGGACAGUGGAUUGUCCAGAUCUGUGUCUAUGGCCACUGGACUCAAUCUCACAGACAAAAGACCCAAAGUAUGCACCAUUUUCCCCCACAAAUCCGGAAACAACAACACGCUGCUGAGCUUUGAAGAGGGUGACAUCAUUAUACUGCUGAUUCCUGAAGAGAGGGACGGCUGGCUGUAUGGAGAACUGCAGAAAACCAGGCAGCGGGGCUGGUUUCCAUCAUCUUACUGUCGUGCAUACACAGAGCCAGCAGUAAAUAACAGUAAUGUGGGAACCCCUCCGAUGCGCAGUAAGAGUGUGGCCAACCUCAUGCAGCAGGACACAGAGGACAACAUGAUGGUUCUGCCUCCAGCAGACUACAGUGACUUCCCCGUCAGGAGAAACUCCAAGACCGUGUCACACACAUGCACCCCCUCCUUAUAUAAAAGCUCUGUGCCUCAGUCAAACGGGAUGCCAAUACACCCUAUCCUGGGGGGAGGGAAUCCAUUUGCUACAGUGAAACUUCGGCCCACGGUCACCAAUGACAGAUCGGCCCCCGUUAUGUGAUCAGCACCACAACCGGCCUACAUGCACUCACAGUGCAGACUACCGUGAACUUGACUAUUUUAAACACAUGCACUUCCACAAGGAUCACUGGAUUUGAAAAGAGACCCUCCCCUGAGCAUACUGUGUUUCACAAUAACAUACAUAUGCACACCAGCACCACAUACAGUUCAACCACUUUAUUUAUAUCAAUCCCUUUUAAUGCUCUGUCUCUCUGUAUAUAUUAUGAAUGUGUCUAUAUAUAGAGAAAUGGAAAGAGGGAAAUGACGUAUAGCUAUUUGGUCUUAAGGAUCACUAAGGUAGGUAGUCCGAUGUUUGGCAUCCAUUUUAUUGGGAGUAUCAUUCUGUAAAUAUCACGAGAAGGUGAGCGUGAUCUUAACUUUUUUAUUAAAUCAUAGUCAAGAAACUUUUUAUUCUUAAAGAACAGUUGACAUGUUCAAGACUUGAUGGGACCCCGCACUAGCAGAAAAGUCCUGAUGAUAGUGAACUGUUAUACUGAUAUGAGGAAAAAGCCUAGUUUAUGGUGAUAUGAAUAUCAACAAUGGCACUAUUCUUUAAAAUGUUUGAUUUGCAUUAUCCCGGUAUCUGGAAUGAGUUGGAACUGAUGGAUUCCUGAAAGUGCAAAAGAAACGGAAUAUUCUGGGUUCAAUACAAUCAACUCAAUCAACAGCAUUUGUAGCAUAAUGUUGAUUACUACUAUAUUUAGAUUACAGUGAGGCAUUUACAAUGGAAGUGAAUUGGGCCAGUCCAUAAAUGCUAAUUGUGUUUCAAUAGUGUAGCUAUAUAAUGUAAACAUUAUACAAGUUAAUGUGAAUUUCGUGUGAUGAAAUCGCUGACAUGUUGUUGUUUUUUUUUGCUUUUAUAAAUGAGGGCCGAGUUGAAAAUAUUCCUGUGGUAAUUUAUGGAGCUAAAAUAAUGACUAAAGUUUUUGAAUCAGAAUUUUGAUAGAACAUUUAUAAAAAAUAUAUAUAUAUAAUUUUUUUUUUUUUGUGCUGUAGUUUGGCCAAUCACAGAGCUACCAGAUUUCUCUGGCAAGGUCCGAUGUAGACACAAGUUCGAUGACUACGAUAACCUAAUUUGGCCUAGUUUGUUUACAAUAUACCUUUUUGAGAUCUGAAUUUCUUCUUAAUCUAUAAAAUUUGAAUUUGUAAUUGUAUCUGAUUAUUUAGUUAAUUUUACCUCUAAAACAUUAUAAUAGAAAUCUUCAAUUAUGAUAAAUGUCACCUGUCUCAAAAUUCAGAUUCAAAUACUUUAGUCUUUGUUCUAGCUCCAUAGUAAUCAACUUUGUGCCACAAAUGCUAUCGAAUGAGCUUAACUUGCAUUGAACCUGGGACUUUCUUCCGAGGCGAUAUGAUCCAAAUGAUGUUUAUAGAUAGGAAAUGGACAGAAUUGCACAGUCAUGUUUAUGUAACAAUGUUUACAGGAGUUAGCAGGCUAACUCAGUCAGCUGGCCCUUAGAAGUAGAAUCAAGCAAGCUAUAUGUAGGAAACGCCAUAAACUACAAAAGCACUUUUAGCUCAGAUUGUAUUUUAAUAAUAAUCACAUUAUUAUUCAGAAAAGGAGAACUUUGCUUUUAUCAGUCUCAACAUUGAAUGAUGAUCCGUAGUUGGUCAGUGAUUCAUUUAUCUUAAUGCUUGAGGGAUUAAUUUGCCUUUCUGUUGCUGAUGGCCAGAGAUUUUCAGACCGUUGCUGUAUGAAAAUAAAAAUAUCUUAUUUAUGAAUGUGUGCUGCUGUUAAACAUUACCUACUGAAAGUUAAUGUAUAACUGAACUGUUCAACCUCAAAAGAAAGGAUGAAUAAUUUAUAUCAAGAGACACUGUAAAGAAAAAUGAAUAAUUAAGUCUUUCUAAGAACAACUAUAUCUGAAUUCUAAACACCAGCCUAGUUAACAUUCAGAAAUCCAAGCAUUAUAA